AUGUCAGCACCACCUGGAAGUCCAUCUAUUCUUGGGGCAUCCUUGAAAGGAAAAGUGGCCCUUAUCACUGGAGCUAGCUCGGGUAUCGGAGCAGGUGUGGCCCGCUAUUUCGCCUCUCUUGGAUGUCGACUAGCCUUGACAGGUCGGAACAUGGAUAAUCUUCAAGCAGUUGUUGAAGAAUGUAUCGAGAGAGGUCUAGAAAGAGAUCAAAUCUUAACAAUUCAGGCAAACUUUGAGGUUGAAAGCGAUGUGAAGAAAACUGCAGACCAAACCAUACAGAAGUUCAACCAGCUUGACAUUUUGGUCAACAACGCAGGAACUGCUUUCUUUGAAGCAGGCUUGGAAGAGACGUUAUCAUUGGAAAAUUUUGAUACGACCUUUGCAGUGAAUGUCAGAGCACCCCUACAGCUAACCCAUCUUCUAACUCCAUACUUAAUCGCGUCAAAAGGCACUGUUGUUAAUAAUUCUAGCGUUUAUGGAAUCAGAACUCCUCCGAUCAGGGCGUUAAGCUACGGUUUAAGUAAGGCAGCCCUAAAUCACAUGACAAGGUGUAUCGCUGAAGAACUGGCACCUCAAGGAGUCAGAGUUAAUGCAGUAAACCCUGGUGUAAUUCCUACUCAAAUAGCGGCGCGAGCAGGACUUUCAGAUGAGCAAGUCCAAGAGUGGCUGGAGUUCCAUAAGAAAACUCAUGCCAUGCGCAGAACUGGGACUGUUGAAGAAGUGGCUAAACUCGUUGCAUUUCUUGCGUCCAGUGACUCGUCCUUUACCACCGGGGAAACUGUCCUGACAGACGGAGGGAAUCAUCUCUUAGUAACCGCUCUUGAUUAGAAGGAAUGGUUGUUCUUGUUAUUAGCAUUAAAUGGGAAUCCAACCCAAAUAAAAAAGAGGUUUUAGAGGAAACACUAAAAUCAGAGAAGUAGAUAUAAUAUGUGAAAGACCAUUGAUCUUGCUUUUUUUCCUUUUUUUCUUUUAAACUUUUCAUUCAGAUAGGUUCAAAUUCAAAUUUCUACCAUGUUGUAUUUCUGUUUUGUUUACAUUGUUCAUACGUAUAUGUUAUAGGAGGUUGCAUCCUACAAGCUUCGCCUUUUAGCAGCAUCCUCCGUUUCCGUCCUGUCAUCUUGAUUAUUAUACAUAAUAAGUUUCUUUGUCUUAUUGAUUAUAA